UCGUGUAUAGGCUAUGGAGACUGUUCGUAUUUUCAUCUGGCUUGCCGGCUUGGUUCUGUUAAGCACCACUCAAAGUGGAAUAAUAAAAGAGUGUUCUGACGGCUGGACACAAGUUCAAAGAACGUGCUUCAAGUUUGUGGAACGAAAACUCGGAAGAUAUUAUGCUAAUAAAGUAUGUGAAGGACAGGAUUCUGUUCUGGCAGUGAUUAAAAACAAGGAGGAGAACAAAGUUGUACAAGAUCUCAUCCGUGGUCGUGAUGAUGCAUGGAUCGGUCUGCAGUACAGUUUUGGAGAGUACUAUUGGAACAAUAUACCUACUGAUCAGUUUGAUUUCUUUAACAUGGCAUUUAGCUCUUCUCGAGGCGACCGAUGUACUGUAAUGUUGCCAGGCACUGGCAGAUGGCGAAAAGUCUACUGUUCUACAAAACGUCCUUAUGUAUGUGGGAAAAGAGUUGGUUGUGAGUCUGGCUGGGUGGGAGAUGAGUGUGAUCGCCAGUGCCACUGUUAUCUUGGACAUGUCUGCAAUGAGAUAACCAAGAAGUGCCCGUACGGCUGCGAGCCGGGAUGGACUGGUGACACGUGUGACAAAUAUCUUGAAAAGCCUACGGUUGAAUCAUUCUACUGUAUGAAACAGAGGGGAGGCUACUCCAUGAUGGUGUCCAUGGACCUGAAAGGUAUCUCCUUCUCGAAUGUCGGGGCUAUGAAUGCCGAAGGGGACAUCACUUCCAACUGCAACAUGAACCGAUUUGAAAGCAAGGGUGAUGGACUAACGUAUCUAAAUAUUCAGAUUCAGAACGUGUCGGGGACUUUGGAACCAGACUGUCCGGCGAAUACCCUUGGUGAUGGGAUCCUGCAAUGGACGUUCAGAUUUCAGUUGACCGAGGGCAGGGUGUCUUUUGAAGAUGCGGAACUUCAUGUCCAGUGUGAUCUGUCUGAAACUGAUGCUGCCUAUGAUGAAUCUAAGAGCGUCGAAAUAGAGGAGAUCCGAGGGAAAUACGUAUUUGAUGUUUCGAGGACACCAGUCAAUGUACAGACGUAUAUAGCAAACCCUGAAACCCUGAAACCGGCCACAAACCUCAGCCUUGGUGAGCCUGUGAGAUUGGUGGCCACACUUACAGAAGAGCAUGAUGUCGUCACUCCGUUGUUCACACCUUCGAACUGCCAAGCAUCUUCUCCUGAUGGGAAGGUGGCUGUAGCACUAAAAGCCUUGGAUGGUUGCCCCCUGUCCUGGAGACUUGGAGAGAAUGAACAUCUCAUUCUGACGGACAUAUUUCGGAUGUUUUGUUUACCAGGGUACACUGAAGUGGUUUUCAGUUGUACAUUUACGCCAUGUUUGUAUGAUCCAAGUCAUUGCUCUGAGCGAUGCUAUAGAUACUAUGGAUAACAAAAUUGUGUUGAAGUGGAAAAGGAUUACAUGAUAUAAGUAGUAACCACUAUAGCCAAAACUCACUCAGUUGAUAGAUGAGCCAAUCGACGUUUCCUGUGUACUCACUCAGUUGAUACAGCAGCCAAUCAACGUUCACUGUGUACUCACUCAGUUGAUACUGCAGCCAAUCAACGUUCCCUGUGUACUCGCUCAGUUGAUACAGCAGCCAACCAACGUUCCCUGUGUACUCACUCAGUUGAUACUGCAGCCAAUCAACGUUCCCUGUGUACUCGCUCAGUUGAUACAGCAGCCAAUCAACGUUCCCUGUGUACUCACUCAGUUGAUACUGCAGCCAAUCAACGUUCCCUGUGUACUCACUCAGUUGAUACAUCAGCCAAUCAACGUUC